AUGGCAGAAUCCACCGUCGCCGCAGGCGCCGUAGUAAACUUUGAAACAAAGGUUAAUUACGAUGCUAAACUGAAAGAGUUACUUCACAGAAUCACUUCACUUGAGAUAAAGCUCUGUUCCGACGCCACAAAAGAGUUCGUAAAGCUAUUAAAAGCCGAAAACGGCGGCGAACUGCUUCGCCAGUACGUGCGCGGUUCCCCGAAGUGCUCGGAGUUAUUGGAAGCAUGGAAGCUUCGGCAAGGAAAACAAGGAAUGCAUUACGUAUUUGAUCUAAUCUCCAACAUUUUGAACCAUAGUGAGGGAAAAUAUAAGCCUAGCAAUGCUGAAAGUGUUAGUGUUAGUAAGGAUUUGGAUAGAUUCGCGAAGUUGCUUGUUGCGGAGCAUUUGAACGAUGUUUAUAAAGAGUUGAACAGCAAGGAAUCGAAGCGGCAGAAAGCUGCCUUGUUGCUCGCUGCUUCGAUUGUUAGGCGUAGCGCGAGCUUGGCUUCUGAGGUUGCGAAGUGCUUCGAUUUCAAGCUUGGUGAAUUCGUGAGGCUUGCGUCGGACCAUAGGAAGAAGAGGAGGAAGAUGAGUGAGGAGAGGGAGAGUUUGCUUCGGAAGUCGUUUGUUCGGUUCGCGAUGUCGUUUUUGGAGGUUGGGAAGCCGGGGCUGUUGCGGUGGGUUUUGCAGCAGAAGGAGAUGUAUUCUGGUGUUCUUAGAGGGUUAGGGAGCGAUGAUGAUGAGACUGUGGUGUUUGUGUUAUUGGUGUUGAGAGAUAGGAUUCUUGUUGAAGAGUCUUUGGUGCCGCCGGGGCUUCGGAGUGUGCUGUUCGGAAGUGCAACAUUGGAGCAGUUGGUUGAUGUUUGUGGAAGGGAAGGGGGUGGUGGAGAUGCUGCUGUGGUGGCGUUUAGUGUUCUUGUUAGGGUUUGUACUGAUCCUAGUAAUGGUUUGAUGCCUGACUUGAAAAUGCGUCCGAAUCCGUUGAGGGGUAAUCCGAAGAGAAUCAUGGGGCUCUUGAAGAAGCUCAGGGCUACUGAAAUUCAGUAUCAUAAGAAUUUGCUUUUGGCUAUUGUCAAUGCCAAACCUUCUUUUGGUUUGUCAUAUUUGAAAGAGUUUCCUUACAAUAUCGAAAAUUUUAAAUCUUCUUCAUGGAUUUCUGUGAUAUCUGUGGCAGCUCAUUUGGUUUCGUCAGUGGGCAAAGGCCUUUGCCAGGAAUUUGUUGCUUUUGGAUCAAAUGAUUCAUACCUGAUUGACAAUAUGGAUUUGCACAGUGUCAUGAAGUGCUUGUUUCCUCGUCCAUUCAGCAGGUCAUUGUUUAAUAAGGGAUUGCCUCAUACUGAAUUGUAUGUGAAACACGGUACUUUAAGGCUUCUUCUGGAGUUACUGAAAUUGCUGGACUGUCUUUUUGGUUGUUUGAACCAUAAUUCUAGUUCCAGCAAUCCAUUCAUGCAGCGCAUGAUGUCUAUCAAGGAAGAAAUCCAGAAUUAUGUUCAAGCUUUCCUUCCUGAUAUGCAGGUUUUAUUAAAUCUACUUUCCUCUUUAGAUGCCUGUUCUGAAGCUUGUAAUUCUAAUUUAAAGAGAAGUGCAUGCCUUUAUGAACAUAACAGCAGUAGUAGAAAGAAGUUAAAAAGGGAUACUUCUGAGAGUGACAUAGAUAUAGUUGUUGCUGGCAUAAGUUCUACUCCAGAUAUUGAUAUGACUGAUGACAGAGGAACGGAUGAUGAAGAGGAUCUUAUGAACAUCAUUGGGGAAAUUUGGGGUGUGAACCUUCAUUCUAUGGAUAUUAGCACAUUAAAAGACGGAGAAUCAUACUUGCUGUCUAAACUGCUUGACACUAUCAGAUAUUAUCGGCGCACACUGCCUUUCACCCUGGAUAAUUCAUUUGAAUCUUUCAAGGGUCUUCUCAAAAACCCAUUAGAGUUAGCAGGUCAUUUGCAGGUCCCAUUGUUGUCUUUGCUUGUGGAAUACAUUGAAUGGUGUCCCGACAAUGAAAUUCCCAUAAGAACUCCACCCAUGUUGUACAAAUAUCUGCAGCCAUUCAUUAAAUUGUUAAUGUUCUCACCAAACAUUGUGAUAAAGGAUCUAUCUUACAGGUUGGUCAUGGCAGCCAUGUUCAGUACUGGCGCUUUUGACAGAAAUCUUCAUGAGAUAGAAGCAUGGUUUUUAUUUUUACCAGGUUAUCAGAGAAAGAAUUCCCCUGUUAAUAUCUUGGAGGUGGAUGUAUUACAGAGUUUGAUUCUAUUUGUCAUAUCAUUCUUGUGUGAUGCUAUUUCAACACUUGGAAAUAACUUAGUCAAAUAUUGGAAUAUCCUUAAGAAUUAUGUCCAUAGUCUGGAAGACUUAUCACCUUGUUUUAGCCCUUUUAUCAUAUGUGUGCUGGAGAAAUGUUUAAAGGUGAUCCGAUCUAAAUCAGGAUCCUGCUCAUUGCCUAAAAAAUCAAUGAUAUUAUUGUACACUUGCAAUACAGUCAAGUAUCUCUUGCAAACACAGGUCAAUGCUGAAUUGUUAUCUGCUGUAGUUAAUGCAGAAUUGAAAGAGAGACUUGGUGGCAGUUAUGAAUAUGAUGAAGUCUUUCCUGAUUGGAAGCCACUGAAGAAUUUGUUGGACUUUGUGAAGAGCAUAUCAUGUCAACAAAGUUGUUGCCUUUUCUCUAAAAAUGAAGAAUCUGUCCCUCCCGAUGGUUCAUUGGGAAGUGCACUCAGUGGUGUAAAUAUAUUGUUAAAUAGUGGAGCUGGUCAUAAGAUUGCUGAAACAACCACAGCUUUCAUAUCAUCAAUUAUUUUGGAAGGUACUGAGAAAGUAUUGACUAAUCUUCCAUCAUGUGUGGUCAUUUCCCGUGACUUACUUGGGGUUCCUUUCUCACUCUUAUCAUCAGUGUUUUUUCUUGAUUAUACUGUUCUUCUCCAUGCUUCCAAGUUAUGGCCUGACAUGUUUGAAGCUGGCUUGGAUAUGGCCAUUUCAGAUCUUGGCAGUGAUAGUUGCAAUGCUGCUCCAAUUGUGACUUCUGAUCUUACAUGGUAUCCAGACUCUCUAACUUGUAACCAACUUUUAGAUGCUUCUGAAGCUGAUGCUACUGCAUUUAGUAUCUUUCUGAAACAGGCACCUUUCCAUGUGAUAUUUCCUGCAAUGAUGUGUAUGAAUGAUUCUUGUGCAUCAAAGCUAUCUAAAAUGCAAGAGCUUCUACUGCAUAAAUUAUCUGAGUCUCCAAAUGAUUGCUCACUCCUUCUGAACCUGAAGCUUGUGUUGUUCUGGACUCAUCAGAUUCAGUUAUGUUAUAAAGUUAACCCAUUAACUCAAAACGAACAACUUUUGAAUAUCUGUGUUAUGCUGAUGGGGAACUUAUUUGCUCAAUUGUGGGUUCCAAAAGCUGGAUCUGACAGGUCUCUAAACACUGCCUUUUUUUCAUCAAGCCAUAAUAUUCAAGAAGUGAUCAAAACCAUUUUUUGUCAUCCUUCUGUUUUGACAUCAUUUUCAUUUUCUUUGGGAAGUGGUCAAAACUUUACAAAUGAAAAUGUAGAGAACAACUUUGAUAUGAUUGAUGUACUAUCUAGCGAGGGGUUUCACAAAUUUGGUGAUCCAAUUUUAAAAAUAUUAACAAUGGCUCUAGACUACAUGUGGGCCUUAUUUGGUGCUAAGCUUUGUGCAUUGAAAGUUGGAGAUGUUGCUAAUAAUUUUGUGAAGGCCUUUAACAGCGUUCAACAAAAGAUGUUUCUAGAUUUCAGAAACAUAUUUGAGCUGUGCAUUCAUACUAAAGAUAUGAUGCCUCUCCUUCCAACAGUGUAUGCAUUGCAUACUUUGCGUCAGUUUUUAUCCCCUUUUCAGCUCCUUGAAUUAGUAGACUGGAUGAUUAGUAGAGUUGAGGUGGAUGAUUUGGCAAUUAAGAAAUCCUCUUUAUCUGUUGGAUGUUCCUUAGCUGCUGAUGCCUUCAGUGCUUUGUCCAUUUAUUUUCAACAGACAACUGGAAACAGGGCACCAUAUGAUUUAUUUUGGGAGAUAGGUGAGAAGAAUAUGAAAGGUUAUAUUUUUGUGCAGAUCUACAGUAAGGUAGUUGACUUAUCAGUAAGUUUUGAUAUAGAUAGUGCAGAUAGAUGUUUGCUUGAAGCUGUCAAUGCCUUGUAUAAACAGAAACAAAUGCAACAAGAAACUUUUCAUCCUCUGCUGCUGAUCAUGUGGAAAAUUAUAAUGAUUACUCCAGCAAAAAUGCUUUCUCAUUGCAUGUACAAGAUAAAUGCAAAGAAAGCUAAGUUCUUACAUAUUCUCACUGAACUGAGCUCUCUGCACUUAUCAAUCUUUGGGCAUUUAUUUUUGGCUGUAGUGAAUAGAAGUUUACAUCAUGAUGUUGGUGUGAUAGGGCAUACCUAUGAUCUUACUCUUUCAGAAGAUCAGUUUAUGCUGCUUUUACCGGCCUCUUUGUCAUACUUGAGCUUAAUUUCUGAGAGAUUUGGGGAGCAGAAUCACAAAGGUUUUGAACAGUUAACUUACUUUUAUUCAAAAAUUAUUUUAAAAGGUUUAAGUCAGUGGAAGAGCUUUUCCUCAAAAGACAUAUUUGAGGAACAGAAUGGAGAAUUCAUUCCAUUAUCUGUUCAAGAACUUGUGUGUCUUACUGAUUGUAGUCUUCUUGGAAAAUCAAUUCAUAUGUUGAAGCAUUACUUUGCUCUUAAUGGGGUUUCAAUAAAACCGAAGAUGCGAUUAAAUCUAUUCAAAUCCAUUUUCCCAAAAUGUGCUUCACUUGAUGACCUGAUGCAGUGUGACAGUGAAGUUAUUGAUAGUUAUUCUCUGGCUCAGUCUUUGAACAUUAUUAAUCGUGUUGUUGUGAAGAUAUCACUUUGUAAAUUAUUAUUGUUUCAUGAAGAAGCAGGUGGAGAUUUGAAAGAGGUUUCUGUGAAAAUGCAAAGCAAAUUGGGAACAUCCAGGAUACGUUUCAUAAAUAUUUUGGUGGACAUUUGGCAGUUUGUUGUUAAAAAAUUUUCUUUAGCCUCUGAUCAAUCUGGAACUUCAAAAAGAACAAACAUUGCAUUGCUAUAUAAUCACUUGGAAGUUUUUGUGUUAAAAAGCAUUCUUGAAUUGGUUGUAGAGAUGCAAAAUUAUCUUAUUCAGUUGCAAUCUAUUUCCUUCCUUGAGCAUUUAGUCAGAUCUGCUCUUCUGUAUAGGUUUGUUGAUUUUACAACAAUGAAAACCCUCCAGGUUAUAUUAUGUCAGCUUAAUGAGGGGAGGCUAUCAUAUGAUUUGUAUCUGCAGUUGUUGCUUGCUCAUUCUCAGUUUGCCCCCACUCUCCAUUCAGUGCGCAAACCAGCAGGUUCCUUUUUGAAGCCUGUAUCCAGUAUUCUGAAAUGUUUUCUGAUUCCUUCUCUUGACCAUUGUGAAAAUGAUGAGAUUCACGAAGAGCUAUCAACUGAGUUCGCUAGAGGACCGUUGGAAAUUAUUAAAUUGCUUUGUAAACUGUUAUUGAUAAAGUCUCGUCAAAAUGAUUUAGAUUAUGGAAAUGAUCUUGGCAUAAAUUUAAAAGAACUGCAUGCACUGCUACGUCAUUCGUAUGGUGCUACACUUAGUCAGAUUGAUUUGGCAAUAUACAAUCUGAUGCAACAAAUUGAGUCUAUGAGUGGAUCAUGGUCCCAGAAUGCCGAGUUAGAUUCAUCAUCAAUUGAAGAAUGGUCCGUCAGCCAGUGUAGAGACAAUCUUCCAAUUGACCCUGACCUAUGUGUGUCAACAGUUUUCUAUUUUCCCUAUGACAGAAGUAUCUCUGAUGAGCCAUCAUCUGUUAACAAGGUUGAACCAGAUACUGUCAGGAAAAAGAUACAUUCUUCUCAUUUUGAUGUUAGAGAACGUUAUGAUCCUGUAUUUAUCUUGCGAUUUUCGAUUCAUAGCCUCUCAAAGGUAUAUAUAGAGCCUGUGGAGUUUGCUGGGUCCGGGUUGCUUGCAAUUGCAUUUAUUAGCAUGUCUUCACCAGAUCAUGGGAUAAGAAGAUUAGCUUAUCGCACUCUUGAUAAAUUUAAGAAUGCAUUAGAGAAGUGCCAAAAGAGGAAGGAUGUAAUGGGACUUCGGCUUCUAUUAAAUUCUGUUCAAAAUAGUAUAGAAGAAGCAUGGCAAAGAAUCCCAUCGGUUACUGCUCUAUUUGCAGCAGAAGCAUCUUGUGUAUUGUUAGAUUCAUCAUAUGAUCAUUAUGCUGCUAUAAGUACUUUCUUGAUACACUCUUCUAAGUUGAAUAUGAGGGUCAUACCUAUGUUUGAGAACUUUUUUUGGAGUACAUCUGUCAAUUUCAAAGCAGAAAGGUCUUGGAUCCUUCGGCUAGUGUAUGCUGGGCUGAACUCAGAUGAUGAUGCCAUGAUAUAUAUCAGGAACUCCAUCCUUGAGAGUCUAAUGAGCUUUUAUAUCUCUCCACUUUCAGAUUUUGAGUCAAAGGACCUGAUUAUUGAGGUGAUAAAGAAAUCUGUCAAAUUGCAUAAGAUUGCCCGUCAUUUAGUGAAACAUUGUUCUUUAUUUUCAUGGUUUUCAUCUCUCAUCUCAGUUACCAGAGAGAGGCUUGAUGGAGAACAAAAUAGAUUUUUCUUGAAGCAUGUGUUUGUAGUGUUGAAGGUUGUCAAUGUUGUUAUUUCAUCUGGAAGCAUCUCCAAGUGGUUGCAAAAUCAUGGCCUUGAGCAGCUUAUGGAGCUUUCAUCCAAACUAUUUAAUUUCUUACUCCAUGAUGUAACAUUGGGAAAUGAAACUGUGGAUCUAGUUAAUCCUUUUCUACAAAUGAUGGCAUCAGUGUUGAAAUUAUCUCAAAAAAGGAAAAUAUAUCAGCCUCAUUUUACCCUAUCAAUUGAGGGCUUGUAUCAAAUGUAUCGGGCUGGAAGUCUAUGUAAUCAAGCCACAAAAAGCACUAAUCCGGAGUUUGCUCUUGAAGCCAUACUUAUGAAUGCACCUCUUGUUUCUAUUUUCUUGAUGAAUCAGGAAAGGCUUAAAAGCUUUUUUUUCUGGGCAAUUACAACUGCUUUACAGUCAGAAACAAAAUCUUCUCAAAGGCUAGGGUCCAACGAGUCUCAGUUCUGCAGAAACAAUUUAAGGGAAGAGUUUCAAGAGAACUCAAUAGUUUCAACACUUCUACGUUGGUUAACAGCAUCAGUAAUCAUUGGGAAGCUUCAUAAAAAAUCUGAUAAUGUGGAUUCAGGAUUCGCUGAACCACAUAACAUGGAAUCCCUUCAUUCUUUACUGGUGCAUGUCGAAAAUUCCACUGGACAAACACAUGAUAUUAAAAUUGAUUCUGCAGAAUUACUAGCAUCGACAAUUUUCUAUCUUCAAUUGCGUCUUGGCAGCAAUCAUGAAGUGCUACCAUCGGUUGUAUGUGCUCUCUGUCUCCUGACUUUUGGUACCUCUAAUUUUGUAGUAGGCAGAACUGAUUUAUUGCAAGGCUACGACACUUUAAUAUCAUCGCACAGUUCAAGGGUACGGUGUCCUCCUGAAGCUAAUCCAGCUUGGAGAUGGUCGUUUUAUCAGCCAUGGAAGGAUCAUUCACUGGAGCUCACUGAUUCACAGAAGAUGGAGGAGUAUCAUUCUUGUCUAACUUUGUUAGUGAUUAUCUCAAAUGUGCUCGGUGGAAAGAAAUUAGAGUCAGCUUGUUUAUCCCCUCUAGAUGUAGAGAUAACUGACUUAUUCCAAUGGGAAAGAAGUUUACUAACAAAUUGA